AUGCGCACCAACACGCUAGCCGUAGUUGCAGCCGACGACGCCGGCGAGGUCUUGGGUCAAUAUGUCGGCGAGAUAGAGGACAUCAGCGCUUCGCGGUCUCAACGACCUCGCAACAGUGAUUAUCGACUGGUACUGAGUCAGAGGCCGGAGAGGCUGACCUGGCCGAUCCGCGCUGCAACCAACGUCGAGAGGGUGGGUGGGCUAAUGCGGUCCGUGAACCACGCGUGUGGGCCGGUUGCCAAGUUCGUCGAGGUGGGCAACGUUCAUCGCCUCGCCGUAGCCGUCGCAAGUACGCGACAAGAGGUGACGGUCGACUACAGCGACGAUCAGUGGUUUAUAUGCCGGUGUAGGUCGCCGAGAUGGCGCCACCGCGAUUUGCAAGACGAGAAAGAUCCAUGA